AUGCAGAUACUAUUCGCUCUGUCGAACAAGGCAAGGAAGGAAGAAAUGAACCCCUUGAAUUUUCUGCCCAGCAGUUCUUUGCUGUACCCCCUGGAUUUCCAGCAAAAUUGGCAGGCGUCGGAACCCAUCCCCCUUGAGAUUCACUACGAUGUCCCGGCAUACGGAUACAAAGAUUUACUCAUGACACUUGAAUACCACAACGAUUUGGAACAUUAUGACAAAGAAAGGAGGGAAGUAAAAAGAAGGAUUAUAGAAGAACAAAAUAGGUUGGAAGAGAACCUCUGGCGGAAAGUACACCUCCUCAAGAUGAAGGAAAAGAAUUUGCAGAACGGAAACUUCCUGAGGGCGCGCAAAGAUCAGAUAUGA